UCGAGCCACCAGAGUCCACCGCCACUUCGAGCCGAGAGCAGGAAUUACUUGACCAAGUCACUUCGUUGCAGGCAUUACUCAACAAGUCCACACAUAACUUCGACGUCGUUGUUCACCUGAAACGGAAGCCAAAUAAGUGGACUGCAAAUAUCGAACAUGCGACCCUCGAAGGCCUCAAGGAGUAUAUACGCAAGAUGUAUCAACCACCCGCACUUGAAAAUGAUGGGGCGGAACUCAACCUAAUGAAUGAUGGAGACAAAUAUUCACCUCGGAAUGAUCAAGACCUUCGUGAAAUCCUCCGCAUAUUCGUGUCAAACAAAAAACUCAAGUUUACUGUAUUCAUCGAGACGCCAUCAAAACCUUUCUCGGAUUGGUCGUUUCCAAAAGUGUGUCAGCUUUAUGGUAUUAGCAAUGAUCCGAAUCCCGACAUUGACGUGUUCCCUCCCUUUUCAUGUGGUUCUGCAGACCUAAAUAGUAAUAAGUCCAAAGCUGUGAUUAAGCACCUAAUGGCGGAAAUAAAACUUC